AUGUCCUUGACCCAGCAGCCUGGCUUGGAGACAGGCUGGUUGAACCCAUGGGGACCCCAUUUCUGGCUCCCCCAGGGUGCCACUGUGUCCCUCUCAGAGACCGUGCAGAAGUGGCGAGAAUACCGGCGCCAGUGCCAGCGCUUCCUGAAUGAGGCUCCACCCCCAGCCACAGGCCUGUUCUGCAACCGGACCUUUGACGACUAUGCCUGCUGGCCAGAUGGGACACCGGGCUCCUUUGUGAACGUCAGCUGCCCCUGGUACCUGCCCUGGGCCAGCAGUGUGCUGCAGGGCCAUGUGUACCGGUUCUGCACAGCUGAGGGCCUGUGGCUGCUUAAGGACAACUCCAGCCUGCCCUGGAGGGACCUGUCGGAGUGCGAGGAGUCCAAGCGAGGAGAGAGAAGCAGCCCGGAGGAGCAGCUCCUGUCCCUUUACAUCAUCUACACGGUGGGCUACGCACUCUCCUUCUCGGCUCUGGUCAUAGCUUCAGCCAUCCUUCUAGGAUUUAGACACCUGCACUGCACCCGCAACUACAUCCACCUGAACCUGUUUGCAUCCUUCAUCCUCCGAGCUCUGUCCGUCUUCAUCAAGGAUACAGCCCUCAAGUGGAUGUACAGCACGGCUGCCCAGCAGCACCAGUGGGAUGGGCUCCUCUCCUACCAGGACUCUGCGGGCUGCCGCCUGGUGUUCCUGCUCAUGCAGUACUGCGUAGCGGCCAAUUACUACUGGCUCCUGGUCGAGGGAGUGUACCUAUACACGCUGCUGGCCCUCUCAGUCUUCUCAGAGCAGCGCAUCUUCAGGCUCUAUCUGAGCAUAGGCUGGGGUGUUCCCCUGCUGUUUGUUAUUCCCUGGGGCAUCGUCAAGUACCUCUAUGAGGAUGAGGGUUGCUGGACCAGGAACUCAAACAUGAACUAUUGGCUCAUUAUCCGGCUGCCCAUUCUCUUUGCUAUUGGGGUGAACUUCCUCAUCUUUGUCCGGGUCAUCUGCAUUGUGGUGGCCAAACUAAAGGCCAAUCUCAUGUGCAAGACAGACAUCAAGUGCAGACUUGCCAAGUCCACGUUGACGCUCAUCCCCCUGCUGGGGACACACGAGGUCAUCUUUGCCUUUGUGAUGGAUGAGCACGCCCGGGGGACACUGCGCUUCAUCAAGCUAUUCACAGAGCUCUCCUUUACCUCCUUCCAGGGGCUGAUGGUGGCCAUCUUGUACUGCUUUGUCAACAAUGAGGUCCAGAUGGAGUUUCGGAAGAGCUGGGAGCGCUGGCGGCUGGAGCACCUGCACAUCCAGAGGGACAGCAGCAUGAAGCCCCUCAAGUGUCCCACCACCAGCCUGAGCAGUGGGGGCACCGUGGCCAGUAGUGUGUACACAGCCACCUGCCAGGCGUCCUGCAGCUAAGGCUCCAGCACCGCCCUCCCUGUGGUGCUCGCUGCUGGCUGGGCAGCCCUCCCAGGUGGGAGAGACCCUCC